CGGUUUGCUUUUCGAAUUGACUUCAUCUCACCGCUUGAGCGCGUUGCUGCACAAUGGGACUUUCAUUCCUCGAGGGCGUUGAUGUUCAACAGGUCUUAGCUCGAAAGGGGCGCAUGGCUGCACGAUGGCGCGCGGACGACUCGCUCUUCAGUGCUUUGAACCUUGAUCUGGUCGACUUCAAGCGUCCUGAGCUUUGGAAUUCGCCCUUGCUUCCCAUGUUGCGGGAGCCACGCAUUCUCAGCGACCGCAAGAAGGUCCUGCCCUGGAUGGUCAGCAUUCGUUCCAGCUCUGGGUCACCCGCGUCACCUGAGAAGUGGGACGAGGACCCCAUCCUGGGUCACCGGCGAAGGGCACCUUGCCAGGAUGGCGCCUUCCAUGCCUCCCGGCAGAUGUUGCUGAGCUUCCGGGUCCUCUCUCAGGACAUGCCACCUGAAAUGGUGGGAUUGAAAACAGUGUUAAUGCCACAAAAAGCGGAUCUUAUGAUGAGACAGCAAUCGGAACCCUGCCCACCGACCAAACAGUUGAGGGUCUCGAUGAAGAGACAGACUUCCACUCGAGAACCCAGGACCCGAGCCUUGCCAGUACCAGCCCUGCCGACUCCUUCGGCAAAUGCAUAUAAAGUGGGUCAGCAGGCGCAGUCUGAAAUGGAGAGCCUGAAGCGCCAGGUGCAAAGCUUGUUGAACAAGGUGUGCCCGGAGAACAUGGCUACCAUUGUGGAGAAGAUUUCUGCCGUUCAGGUUCAGGGCCGUGCAGAGCUGGAAGCCAUCAUCGAGUUGAUCUUCAAGAAAGCGGUGACGGAACCUCACUACAGUGAAACCUACGCUGAUCUGGUCUUCAGCCUGAAGUCUGUCUUCCCAGACUUCCCGGAUACUGAUGGUGGCAAACCGGUGACUUUCCGCAGCCUGGUGCUCAAUAUUUGCCAGAACGAAUUCGAAGAACUUCUGGCAGAAUCUGAAGGGGCUUCUGAAGAUGAGGAUCAGGAACAUGCGAAGAAGAGGAAGGACAGGAUGUGUGCAAAUAUGAAGUUUGUUGGGUACCUGUACCUCCGUCAGUUGCUGUCGACCAAAGUCGUGGGCUCCAUCAUUUGCGAGCUGGUCUGCAUUGGAGAUGAGGAGGCCAGCCCAGAAGAGCAUGCAUUGGAGUGCGCCUGUGAGUUGCUGCUCACUGCAGGCUACACGAUGGAUACUGCACCAGCAGGGCAGAUUGCACUGGAGAUGGCGUGCAACAGGUUGAAGGACUUGAAGGUCCGGAAGUCUGAGAAUGGUAAGGGCAAGUAUUGCAAGCGUAUCCAGUUCAUGAUUCAGGAUGUGCUGGAAACGAGGGCGAAAGGAUGGACCAAGAAGGUCUUCAAAGCUACGGCCAAGACGAAGGAGGAACUGCGCAACUCUCAGGAGCAAGCUUCCGGGAAGGAAUCCGUUGCAGAGCACAUUGUCACAGGCAAGAGACCUGUGUACCUAGCCUAGGCCUUGCCGGCUGAAGCCAAUGUGCCGCAACAUUGAUUGGUUGCCAUCUGGCAGGGUGGAGCCAACCCUUCGUUG